AUGAACAGCAUGCUGCCUCAGAGGAGUGCUGUCGCCACACUGGGCUACAGCUCAGACUGUGGGAAGAUGGAGCACGGCGGCGGCGGCUCUGUGGGUGGGACGGUGCUGAGGGGCUCCCGCUCUAAGGCAGAGCUCCAGGAGCUGAUGGAGACGCUGCAGCGCAGAAAGAGCGCUCUGGAAGCUAGUUUAAGAGCAGCCGAGUGCAGCCGAAAGUACCUCAGCGUGCCUCCGUCCGGGGGAUCCCAGUCCAGCCGGCCUCUUUCAAUCCUCAGCAACACAGAAAGACCCCCAUCUGCCCCAAGAACUUUCUCCUACAUGUCCAGCAGCAGUGUGCCUCCAUCACCUCGCCAGGGCGAACGCCAACUGAGCUCCAACGGCUUGCAUCGCCACUCUCACUCUCGCCACCAGUCCCAAGACAGUCUGCUCACAGAUGGAAGCUCUCUACUCUCCUCCUACGGGCCAACUUUACCUCGAUCUCCGAGGGUGAAAAGUGGAGCAGCCAGCGUGCCGUCCAGCCCCAGAAUGGGCCGCAGACCCUACUCUCAGGGCAGAUCGGGAGGAGACGCCCGUCAGAGGAAAUACUCCACUGGCUCCCUCAACAGCCUUGGCCUUCACAGCCGCUCCCUGCCUCGGCUUCACAAUGCAGCAGACCCUCCUGCCUUGUCGUUACCGUCACGUCAGUCAGUGGGUUCCCACAGAGGAGUGGGAUCAGCAGGGCAGCGGCGUAGUCUCUCCUCCCUGGAGCAGCCGCCAGAUGUGACAGUACCAGCCAGCAUGCCAAGCACUUCCAGAAGAGCCAGCCUGGCCUCUCUGAGCUCUCUGGGCGUGGACGUGGACGGGACGGGUUUGGAUCUGAGUUUUGGAGAGAGACGGCUGUCUUUUGGGAAAGGUGGGCUCAGUGCAGGACAGAGGGUGGGUAGCAUCAGCUCCUUGAAUGGCAAAGAAGAGCUGAGAGAUUAUCAUCAGCAUCAGAGGGAUGAACGGCUCAGGGAGCAGAAAGUGCAGAGAUUGGAGUGCCAGCGGCUGGAGACCAUCUUAAACCUGUGCAGUGAUCUGGGCCAUGUCGAGAGAGAGCCAGCAGUCUCAGCUGUUUCCGACCUGCAGAAGAUCAACAAAGAGUUGGAGAAGCUGCAGGUGUCGGACGAUGAGUCAGUGUUUUCUGACUCUCCCAGCAGCACGGCUCCGGAGAGCAGCUUUGGGGCCAAAGCCAGCAGAGACUUCCACCUGUCUGAGGAGCAGCAGGUCAGCCAGCGCCAGCAGAGCGGCUACAGAGAGGCCAGGUCCCACUCACCUGUUGUCAGUCUGAACAGCAGUGCCGCUUCACCCGCCACCCAACACAGAGCCAAAGCAUUAGAGAGCGUGCAGCUGAAGCAGGAAGUAACGCAAAUAGAGGAGGAGAGGAUCCAAGUCCUGAACAACAUCGAGGAGCUGGAGCAGAAGAUCAAAGACCUGGACAACCAGAUGGAGGAGUCUGUCAGAGAGAUGGAGGUGGAGAUGGCGCUGCUGGAGGGGGAGCAGGAGUCAGAGAUGACCCAGCUGCAGAGAGAAAAGGAGCUUCUGGACCAACUGAAGGAAAAGAUUCAUAGCAGUGAGAAGAAGAGCCACACUGAGAAGUCACAGGAGGAGCAGACAAAAAGUCUGGAGGAUUUGGAGUUCCAGAAGCUGGAGAGAGAAAUCAAUCAGGGUGAGGAAAAAGAGAACCAGAGCCAAGAGGUGCUGCGAGAGAUCGCCGAGUGUCAGCGUCUCACUGUGACACGCAAGGAAAAACUCAUGGCGCUGAAGAAACAGUCGACACAGAUCACUUUACAGGCUCAGCAAGAAAGAGAACAUUUCCAGAGAGAGAAAAACAAUUUGCUCAUCAUGCUUCAGAAGGAGAGAGACAAACUGGCAUCUUUGGAGGGAAAGUAUGCAGAGUUGUCUGAGGGGCAGAACUUCACUAACAACCCUGCAGCCAUUGCAGAGCACUUACUCUCUCUGAAGGAAAGAAGAAGAAGCAGCAGCGGCAAAGAUAACUCCUCCCACCCAAGUGACGGCCUGUCUCAUAAGAGGAGCCAGCAGAUCCUCAACUCUUACGGCAGAUCCCUCGGACGCACGCUUCCGCCUAAGGCCCAUCUGCCUCUGUCCCAGAGCUCCAGCUGUGGCAGCGUCAUCCCACCAGGCUUCAGCUUCUCCCCGCGGGACCUGAACGUCCGCCACAGGCCCAAGACAGGCAACAGCCAUGCGCACAUGAAUGAAGACAGACAGAGAAGGAGUGAUUUUUGCAGAGGGAUGGUCUCUGAGCCCAACGUGUUCCUGGACUCCUUCUCGUACCCCGACAACAGCCAGACCUCUGAUACGGUCAGUGUGGACAGCUCUGACAGCCUGGAGACCAGCUUCUCCGCCUGCUCCCCAGACAACAUCUCCAGUGCCAGUAUGUCAAAUAUGAUCAAGAUGGAGGAGAUGGAGCGUUUACUGCGCGAGGCCCAGGCGGAGAAGCACAGGCUCCUCGAGCAUCGAGAGCGUGAAAUGGAGAUGCGCAGGCAGGCUCUGGAGGAGGAGCGGAGACGAAGAGAGGACCUGGAGAAACGACUGCAGGAGGAGACGAGCAGGAGACAGAGACUAGUGGAGAGAGAGGUGAAGCUCAGGGAGAAACAGAGAUCACAGUCCCGGCUGACUCGCUACCUCCCUGUAAGGAAAGACGACUUUGAUCUUCACGGCCACAUUGAGGCGGCGGGACACAACCCAGACGCCUGCUUCCAUCUGGCCAUCACUGAUAAAACCUGUCGGGGGUUCCUGGUCAAAAUGGGCGGCAAGAUCAAGACCUGGAAGAAACGCUGGUUUGUGUUCGACCAGAAUCGCAGGACGCUCACCUAUUACGCAGACAAACAUGAAACCAAGAUGAAAGGAGUCAUUUACUUCCAAGCCAUAGAGGAGGUGUACUACGACCAUUUGAAGAACGCGCAUAAAAGCCCCAACCCCUCGCUGACCUUCAGCGUAAAGACCCACGAUCGGGUCUACUACAUGGUGGCUCCGUCGCCUGAGGCCAUGCGUAUCUGGAUGGAUGUCAUGGUAACGGGCGCAGAAGGACACAUGCACUUCAUGGUGUAGCUGAUCCCAACAGAUCACAAUGACAUUUCUUUGGUGAAAGCUGCGCCAAGUUAUAAAGGAAAUGCGCAGCGUUCAGUUUGUUGGAGGGAACAGCCUUGUGUUGAGCUGAGACGGAUGAUCAUCAGGUGAACAAAUUAACUUUUGUUUACGCUUCAGGUAUUUGUAGCCUUCAAGAACAACUCAUGCUGAGAUUCACACUCUUUAAUGUGAUCAUGUAUAACACUACAUAAAACUGAUCAACACGUUUUCACAAUAAGCUAUUUAGUACAUUUUAUAUUUGUUCAUGUACCAUAAGUGUUUGAAACAUUCCUUAACUUUGCAUCAAUUUUGCUCUGACAUUUUCCAACUUUCUCCCCUCUCAUUAAAUAUCCUGCUCUGAGUUAUGAUUUGGAUUUUUGAUUAAAGACUUGAUCAAGGAAGCUUCUAAAUGAUCAGACACUCAAUGUCUGCUGCACUCCUAAAUUACGGUACACACUGAUGCUGCUUCACUGUCACAGAUGCCAAUUUGUUCAUCAGUCUUGUAUCAAGUGUAGGUCAUUGGUCAUUCAAGCUCAGGUUGAAGGUUCAGGUUCACUUCUGCUUCUUUUCUUUCUUCUUCCAUCCUUUCCUAUUUUGAUCAUAAGGACUGACUUAUGAUUGGACCAAGUGCUCAUUUAUCUUACACUAAGAUUUAAAUGUUUUUCUUUUCUAUGUCAUGCUGUACCACACGUACAUGAUACUGAAAAGGGGUCACGGUGUUGUGUGUCUGUAUUAAGUUGCAAAAACUCUAAUUUUUAUAUUUUAAUUAUGUCUACAUUAUGUCUACAUUGUCACAUAUGAUAUAUUCGCAUAUAAUUUUUUUUGUGUGUCUGAUAAUUUGCUGCUUCUAGACUGUCAGCACAAGCUGGUCUUGUCUGCCUUUAUGCAGGCCUGAAUGUCCAUCAUCAGUGUUCCUUCAAUCAGAGACAUCUUUUGCUUUUAUUCACAUUGCAAAUGUAAUUAUUGAAGGAGAUAUAGGCACUUUUAUAUUUUAUGUUGUUUUUUUUUUUUAGUCAAAUAUUCUACACUUACUAUGAGAAAGUGUUGCCCAGAUCAGAAUGUAACUGUGUGUCAUGUGUGACACUGUGCAGCUGGCUCCCUCUAGCUUCAGGAGAGGCUGCAGGCCUGAUAAGAUGAGGCCAUGUUGUGCGGCAGUCAUGCUGUAUGUACUGCGUCACCCACAUGUUCCACAAGACUUUGCAGUGAGUGUGUGUUUUCACCAGCAGAGGUCCUCAGUGCAGAGUUAUUGCUCUGAAAUGACGUAAUGCUCUGGCUGCUCCGUCCUCACUGAAAUAGAGCAAAAUUCACUGAGCAAUGACCAAACCUUCCAAAUAUGUGCAUCACAAGCACAUUUUUUUUUUUUUUUAUCAAGCUUAAGAUCUGCUUCUGGAAGCAAAACAGAAAACAAGAUCAUUUAUAUGAUCAUAAACAUGAAGUAUUUUAUAUAUAUAUUUUUAAACAUAUAAUACAUUUCUACAUUUGUCUUAUUCAUUGACUUUUAGGAACUAAUUGAUUGUACUGAUAAAAAAAAAUCACUUACACCAGCUGUUGGUUUACACACUGCAAAGGGCGAAUAAGGCUGCAGAGCGGACGGUGUUACAGAUGAGUUGGUGCCUGUGCUGGAUGAUUCUCAGAGAACAGACUAGAGGUACAUGUCAUGUAAAUAUCUCAUCCACAUACUACCCUUGAAACCAGACAAACAAAAAAAUGUUAGUAUAUUUUUUAAAUAAGUUUCAUAUGAUAUAUUUUGUACAAGCAAAAUGGUAAUUGGAUUAUGCUAUCAGUUUUUACAACUGCCAUUUGUACUGUUUCAAAAAGAUUAAGAAUAAAUCAUUUUGAUUGUGAAUUAUUCUUGUGAAAUGUUAUGCUAUCACUUCACUGAAACUCAUGUUUGAUGGGGUGUCUGUGUGAAAACCUGAUCAUGUGAGGGGUGAAAUGGGCUAAAUUGGAGCCGAUAAAAGGCUAUAUAAAUAAAAUAUAUUGUGUAUUA